AUGAAAGAUGGAGAUCUCAAUUGUUACCUAGAAAAUGCAAUGCAAGCUCUGUUACAUUUGGAUGGAAUGAAAGAAUUUCUAUACUAUCAGCGAUUGGCGGACAUUCAUCCUGGUAAUAUUUUGCGAGACUUAAUUUGGUAUAUUUCGGAUUUGGGAAUUUCUGGGCCUGCAGAUGAUGAAAAUUAUGGUAAAGUAUAUGGAGUGCUACCAUACGUUGCACCUGAGCAACUUAUAAGUAGGGUUAGUCCAUUUGUGAAUACAUCAUAUGAUAUUCAUCUUGCUAGAAAUAUAUGCAAUGAACUUAGACUACCAAUCAUUCCCGGAACGCCUGAUGAUUAUGCAAAACUUAUGAAACAAUGUUGGAAUGCAGAUCCCCUCCGUAGACCAAAAGCAUCAUUAGUUCAGGGAUUUUUUCAGUCAUAUCAAUUUAAAUUUCUAAGAGAAAAAAGUUAUGAAAUUUUAGAAUUAGAAAUUUCAAGUACUACCUUACCAAUUCAGCCAUCAGAUAUUACUACAAGCAAAAUUCUUGAUUUUAAAAAUUUGCUAGUACCAAAGAAUUUAGAUAAUACCGAUUAUGGUGAAUUUAUUGAACAAUAUGUGCAAGAGAACAGUGAUGAAUUACUUUUACCAGAAAAAAUAAAUACUUAA